AAUGGAUAAUGAAUUAAUAAACUUUGAUUUUGUUAAACGUCUGGCGUCGGAUGAGUUUAAUAGUAUUAUUCUUCAUUAUAAUAAAAAGUUUUGGCAAGAUAGAGAACCUUCCAAGUAUAUUCUUAAUUUAAGAUCUGAGCGAUUUUAUGAAUUGUCUGAUAGGUUUUUGAACAAAGGAGAUUUAUCUACAUUUGCAGAUGAAAUUAAACAUAUAGAUAAGAGAAUUUUUGAAGAUAUAUUUAAAGAUGAUAGACUAUUCUUUUAUUAUGAUGAUAUUCUCUUUCUACCUCAAAAUAUUCAUGAAUCAAUAUCAAAUCUUUAUGAUAGUGCGGAUAAACUAUCUUUAAACCAGUUAAAAAGUUAUGUAAGAAUGACUAUACUAUUAGUGAAUUUCUAUUACUAUGGAAUAAAACAUCUAAGUUCAAUAACCUUGAAAGACAAGAAUCUUAAAAGGAGAUUUAGAACUAUUAAUAAUAUUGAUAAUGAAUAUGUAUUAGAUAGAUUCGAUGAACAAGAGAUAACUAUUGAAAGUGUAAAGGAUAUAAAAGUUUUGACAUCGGAUCUUUACGAAGAAGCUUUAGUUCCUCUAGAUAAAAAGACAGAUAGUAAACAAGAAUUGAAAGAAUUUGAUGGUGAUGAUAAUGAUGUAUCUUUGGAAUUGAUAGAACAUGCUAAAAACGCAAAGAUGCCAAAACGAUUCAGAAUUGACCCUGAUAACGAUGAUAGCAACAAAUGUUUCUGCUGUAGAUGCUCGAAAAAAAUUAACAUCCUUGCCGGUGUUAUAAGUGCAAUAUCUAUUUUUGGAAUAAUAGGUGGAACCAUAUUAGUAACAAAAGAUAUUCUCUUUAAUUCAUCGAAUUCAAAAGAUGAAAUUUCAUAUAAAAGCGAUUAUUAUAAUAAUAAAUAUACAUUUAACACAUUAUGGACUAAAAGAUCCACUGGGAAGUUUAGUACUAAAAUGGAAGACGAUCCUAAAAAGACACUUCAUGAGAUUUCCAAUAUUUCCAAUACUUAUUUAAACAUCCUCAUUAGUUUACUUUGCAUAGCUGUCAUUUUUGUAGUUUUUCUACACUUUUAUCGUCGAUAUAUAAGAAAAUAUCUCUUUUUUAAUAGAAUGCUUAAGUCAAGUAAAACUAAUAGCGACGUUGUAAAAGAUGGUUAG